UAUCAACGUUUAACGUCGUAACGAGACACCGCCUAUCCCAACACAACCGCAAUCAUGUCAAAGGGUCGAGGCGGCGUUGAUCAAAUCGUGAAGCUGAUCGUGGGAGCUGGACAGGCUAGUCCUAGUCCCCCUGUUGGUCCUGCUCUCGGUUCCAAGGGUGUAAAGUCUAUGGACUUUUGUAAGGAAUUCAACGCGCGAACUGCCCAUAUUAUCACUGGAACACCAAUGCCAUGCCGAGUUACCGUCCGCCCCGACCGAUCAUUUACCUUUGACGUCCGAACACCGCACACCUCAUGGCUUCUCCUUAACGCCGUCGAAGCUCCCAUGGGAAAGAAGGGCAAGCGAAAGGGUGUCAGCAAGCCCGGGCAUGAGACUGUCGGCACUCUAUCCCUGAAGCACAUUUAUGAAAUUGCAAAGAUUAAGCAGACUGAGCUCCGACUUUCAGGCCUAUCGCUGGAGGGACUUUGCAGAUCGGUCAUUUAUCAAGCGAAGACGAUGGGAAUUGAAGUGGUGGCUUAGGGGCAUGAUUACGAAAUGAAAAUAAAAGACCACAGAAUGUGGUGUGUACGAAGAUCUCCAACCAGAUAUUAUACUUGUACAACAGUUUAUGGAUAGGGAGUUGGGCCUCUGACCAGAGGAAGAAUUUCACGAUGCAUCUAUUCAGCGUUCAAAAGGCGAAAUACUGGUUUUUCUUUCACAAUUGCGUGUGUCGGGCAGGCCGAUCUUAUAUCAGGCUUAUUUCGAUGGCAUUGAUGUGAGAAGAUGGACAUGAACGUGGUUCAGCACUUGAAGGCCAAGUGAGUGAUCACAGACGGUCGUUGUCCGAGG